GCAGAGAUCUUGGUAAGAAGUAGACAGAACUUUCAUCACAAAAUCAUUAUGGGUUUUGAGUAAAAUAUUCUUUGUUGAUACCAUUUGACAUAUUUUCAUUGUCCUCAAGAAGUUCCAAGGAAGACUAGUGAGAGGAUCACCAUGCCACUUCUGGGGGUGCAAUUACAUAUUGGAGAUCGUCAUGUGGUAAUGGACAAUGGCAUACUCCAAGUCACAUUAUCGAAUCCUGACGGAAUUGUUACUGGAGUUCAAUAUAAUGGCAUUGACAACUUGCUUGAAGUCCUUAACGAUGAAUCAAAUAGAGGGUAUUGGGACCUUGUUUGGAGCUCACCAGGAAGUACAGGAACAACUGGUACAUUUGAUGUAAUCAAAGGAACAAGUUUCAAGGUUAUAGUUCAAACUGAGGAACAAGUUGAGCUCUCAUUCACAAGAACGUGGGAUCCCUCUCUGGGGAGCAAGCUUGUCCCAUUAAAUAUCGACAAAAGGUUUAUAAUGCUUCGAGGUUCGUCGGGCUUCUACUCUUAUGCCAUUUACGAGCACCUCAAGGAUUGGCCUGCUUUCAGCCUCGACGAAACUAGGAUUGCUUUCAAGCUCAGAAAAGACAAGUUCCAUUAUAUGGCGAUAGCAGACAAUAGGCAAAGAUACAUGCCCCUUCCGGAUGAUCGAUUACCUUCAAGAGGUCAAGCCCUAGCCUAUCCAGAGGCAGUCCUUCUAGUCAACCCUGUGGAGCCAGAGUUAAAAGGAGAGGUGGAUGACAAGUACCAGUAUUCAUGUAACAACGAAAAUAAUCAAGUACAUGGGUGGAUCUCCAUUAACACAGGUGUGGGAUUCUGGCAAAUCACACCUAGCAAUGAAUUUCGAUCAGGUGGUCCUCUCAAGCAAAACCUAACCUCACAUGUGGGCCCCACGACCCUCGCUAUGUUUCUUAGUGCACAUUAUUCCGGAGAGGAUCUAGUGCCAAAAUUUGAAGCCGGUGAGCAAUGGAAGAAAGUUUUCGGCCCAGUUUUUAUGUACGUUAAUUCUGUAUAUGUUGGAGACGACCCACUUCAGCUAUGGGAGGAUGCUAAAACACAGAUGAUGAUUGAAGUCCAAAGCUGGCCCUAUAGCUUUCCUGCUUCUGAGGAUUUCCCCAAGUCAGACCAACGUGGUAACGUUAGUGGUAGAUUUCUAGUCCAAGACAGGUAUCUUAGCAAUGACUAUAUAUCCGCUAAUGGCGCUUAUGUUGGCUUGGCUCCUCAAGGUGACAUUGGAUCAUGGCAAAGAGAAUGCAAGGACUACCAAUUCUGGAGCAAAGCAGAUGAGGAUGGCUAUUUUUCAAUUAACGAGAUAUGUAUUGGGGACUAUAAUCUCUAUGCUUGGGUCCCAGGUUUUAUCGGGGAUUACAGAUAUGAUGUUGUCAUUAACAUAACUGCAGAUUGUGAUAUUGACAUGGGUGAUCUUGUUUAUGAGCCUCCAAGAGAUGGCCCCACUCUAUGGGAAAUUGGCAUCCCUGAUCGUUCUGCAGCUGAAUUUUAUGUUCCUGAUCCUAAUCCAAAGUAUAUCAACAAACUCUAUGUCAAUCAUCCUGACAGGUUUAGACAGUAUGGCUUGUGGGAAAGAUAUGCAGAACUCUAUCCUGAUAAAGACUUAGUUUACACAGUUGGCGUGAGUGAUUACACUAAAGAUUGGUUCUAUGCUCAGUGUACCAGGAAAAAAGACAAUAAUACGUAUCAAGGAACUACAUGGCAAAUCAAAUUUAAUCUUGACAAUGUGGAUCAUAAUGCUACUUAUAAGUUGCGAGUAGCACUGGCAUCUGCCACUCUUUCUGAAUUGCAGGUUCGGGUUAACGAUCCAAAAGCAAAUCCUCUGUUUUCAAGUGGACUAAUAGGGAAGGACAAUUCAAUUGCUAGACAUGGAAUCCACGGGCUCUAUUGGCUUUACAAUGUGGACGUACCAGGUGGUCGGCUUGUUGAAGGGGAUAAUACUAUUUUUUUGACACAACCAAGAGGUGCCAGCCCUUUCCAAGGGAUUAUGUAUGAUUAUAUCCGUUUAGAAGGUCCCCCAUCUUCUACUUCCGGGAAAUAAAAAUUGAGUUCCUUAGAGAGUAUACAAAAUUAAUUAAUGUUUAUCUAUAUUUCUAUUAGAUUGAUGGGGAAUGUUUUUGGUUUGUAAUGUUGAAUUUGUUG